ACAGCACCGCGAAACCCGCUUCCGUAGACACACUCCACACACUCGGUGCGCACUCGUGCUGUUUUUGUCGCUUGUAGAGCACUGUUCUCAAGUUAGGAAUCAUGACAAAUGCAAUGGAAAACAAAUGAAAUGAAUCAAAUCGUUUGUAUACCUGUAGAUAAAAGGAUUUAUUUUACAUUCCAAAAAAACUUCAAUUUUACUAUUUUGUGUUUAUUACCACAAAAUAACCUUCCCAAAAUGCUUUUGUUCGUCAUUGGUGUGGUUUGGAUGGUGCGGCGUGGAGAAUGGAAUAUAUAUUAUAUACUAUCUGAGUAGAAGUUAAUGUUAUGAUUCAGGUUAAAAGUAGUUUUGUUGUUUAAAAAUAUCGAAAAGUAGAAACAUCUUCCCCAAUAUUAAUUUAAAAAUUUUGUAAGAAUGUGGAAAAAUGCUGUAGCACUUACUCAAAAGAUUUAUUUAUUUUCAAGGUGCAAUGGAUUACGACCCAUUUCUGGCUUGCCAUGCAGUACAUCAUGUAGGAAUUCAUUGAAUAACAUUUCUAGAAUUAGAAGUAUUAACAUACAGCCAUACAGAUGUACCAGUUUUUUUAACAAGCUUCCAGCAGACCACUUGUGGUCAGGUGUCACUGGUGUAAGUAAUGCUGGAAAAAAGAGGGGGCGUGGAAAAGGUAUUGGGAGAAAGUCUUCCAAAGAUUUAAACAGAGGACAAGUAAUUGGAGUUGGAAAAGCAAACAUUGUUUGGCCAGGAUUGAAUGCACCCAUUAUUCGUGGUCGGGAAUUAGUACAACACCAACAAUUACCUCCUGAUCCAGAACGAGAAAAAAAAUUAGAAGAAAUUCGAAACAAGAUGGGUGUCUUUAAACCCAUUCGUUUAUCACCUAUGGAGCGAGGAUGGUCUGGUUCUAAGAUGCCUGGUCGAAGUAUUGGACCUCCUGAUUCAAUUGGUGAAGACAACUUUGAAGGCUUUGAUACCAAAGUUUUGGAGUUAAAGUUGGUUGUCAAUAUGAGCGGCAAUUUUGGUAGAAAACGUCGUGUCAGUAGUUUAGUGGUAACUGGUAAUGGCAAUGGCCUGGCUGGAUUUGCAAUGGGCAAAGCAAAUGAUGCAAAAGCUUCUCUGCGAACAGCCAAAAACCGAGCUGGCCAAAAACUUGUAUUUGUUGAUAUUUACAAAAAUCAUACAGUUUACCAUGACUUCUUCUGUCAGUUUGGAAAGACAAAAAUAUUUGUUCAAAAGAAGCCAGAAGGAUAUGGACUCCACUGCCAUCGAGCAAUUAAAACUAUGUGCGAAGUCAUUGGUAUAAAAGAUCUUCAUGCAAAAAUUGAAGGUCCUACAAAUCUUGGGCAUAUUAUAAAAGCUUUCUUUUUGGGUUUAGUACAGCAGAAAACUCAUAAAGCAUUGGCCGAAGAGAAAAAGCUUCAUUUAGUUGAAUUUAGAAAAGAAAAUGGCAAUUAUCCAGAAGUUGUAGCAUCUCCCACAAAGUGUCGUUCUCCUGAGGAAAUACCUGCUGAAGAAGUUCUGGAUUAUACACAGGUUCGGUUGCAUUUGAUGAGCGAAUAUGGAGAAAUCCGCAGCUUUCUGACUGAUAAGUAUCCAGAAUGCAAACCUUUUUAUAAAUCUCCUACAGAAGAGGUAGAUGCUGAGAAUUAGAAGAAAUAUUUGUCUUGAAAUGUAAAUAAAUUCUCAUUAAAUUUUGUAAAUAAUGCAUUGUUUAAUAUGCACAUUCUCCAUAUAAAGAAAGAAUAAUUCCUUGUUAACCGCAAAUUUUAUAGCAUAUUUGUGCAACAAAUUAAAUACGCCAAUAAGGGAAAAUUUAGCUGUGAUAAUCCCAAAAUUAAAUUACCUUGAAUUCUUCAGGUACUGGAGUAAAACUUAUUAUUCAUUGCUGGUAAAAUAUAUUGCAGCUGUCAUCCCUAUUCAACUUUCAUACAGCAUUGAGAAAGUUAUGUUAUGCUGCAGUGCAUAUGGAAAUUUUUCAGCAGCAAAAGCCUGAUACUGAAAAGUGAAUAAUUCUUAUACGUAUUUGUAGUAAAGUACUUCUGCUAUCGCAUCAGAAUCCAUAAGUCCUUGACCUUGACACUAAAAAAAAAUUAGAAUUUUUAGAACAUCUGUGAACAGUAUAUAUCAGUUAAACUAUUUAACUUUCCCCAAAAGUGAUAUUUCCCAGUCAAUCUUGCUGACAUUGUGAUCUCUUGAAUUUGAAAUAUAUAUUUUAUUUUUAGAGGAUACUUUGCAUAACAUUUUCAAAACUUUCCUAAAUGAGGCUCCAAUUAUUUUUCCGCAGAUAGUACUUAUAAAAGUGAGCCCAAUUUUCAUUGAAUUGUCUAAAUAUUGAUAAUUGCAAAAAAUGUUGUCAUUAUAGUGAAGAUAGUUUUUUUAAUGAAAUCUAUUUUUCACACUGAGAUUUUUAAAUAAUGUCUUGUACUUCUUGUGUUGUACGAGUUGUUUUCCCCUAAUUUUGCAUGAAAUACAGACAAUUUUAAGAACAAUAUUUUCUCAAAACAGAUUUUAUUUUGAAUAGAUAGAACUGAAUGCAGUGAAUAAAGUGACAUUUAAUCAUUUUUUAGAAUAAUUUUUUCACUUACAUAAGCCACUUACAUUGAAGUAUUAUAAUAUUAUGUAACUUACAAAGAAAGUGAAAGCUAUAGUAACACAAUUUCUUUUU